CAAGUCUUAAAAAAGUAUUGAUGUAAUGCUUCAACUACUUUGCUACGAAAACAAUCAUAUCAGUUACUUUUUGGAUUCUGUGCUCGUCGUUCGCUCUGUUGUGAGUUCAAUUUUGUAAAAUAAAGUGAAACAAAUUAAUUUGAACUGAAGUUUGUGUCUUUCAAUAAAAUUCGUACAUAAUUGUUAAAACAAAUGUAAUUAAAGCACACAAAAAUACGGAAGUUAAGUCAAGAAAAGUGAUUCUAAAAGAGCGGCGUAAAUGUAAAAACAAAAUGGUGGCAAAAGCAAACUCGCGGAAUAUUGGUUUAAUUGCAAUAAUUGCAGCAAAUUUUGUUGUGAGUUUAAUGUGUGUUCCGUCAAACAGUUUGCCCAGAACAGAAGUUUUAGAAAUUGUGUCAUCACCAGCUUCUCAACAAAAUGGAACCGAAUGGGAUGUGAAAGGAAAUGGAACGAAUAUUUGCAUGACCAAAGGCUGUGUUAAAGCAUCUGCCCUUGUAUUGGAUUUGAUCGAUGAAAACGUUAAUCCUUGCGAUAAUUUUUAUGAAUUUGCGUGUGGCAAAUUCUUGCGAAACACUUUGAUACCGGAUGAUAAAAUUGCAAUGAUGUCAUUUGUUCAUGUGCAAGAUAAGGUUCUGGGACAACUACGAUUGAUUUUGAAUGAAAAAUUGGACACAAAUGAAUCAAAACCAUUCACAUUGGCCAAAAUAUUCAACACCGCAUGUAUGGACGAAGAGACAUUAGAAAUUCAAGGCAUUGCACCAAUGGUAGAGAUUCUCGAUAAAUACGGUGGUUGGCCAGUUGUUAAAGGUGAUUGGGACUCGGAAAAAUGGGAUUGGAUGGAAGCAUAUCAAAAUAUGAGCAGUGACGGUUUAGAUGACAACAUUCUUUUUUCAUUGAAUAUUUUGACGGAUCAGCGAAACUCUUCGAGACGUGUAUUGGAUCUUGAUCAAGCCGAUUUUGGAUUACGAAUGGAAUUUUUACAAAAAGGUUUGGAAGACACAAAUGUCAAAGCCUACUAUGAAUUUAUGGUUGAUGCUGCUGUAAUUUUUGGCGCGAACAAAAGUGCUGCUGAAGAAGAACUUCUUGAUUCUCUAAAAUUUGAAAUUGAAUUGGCCAAGAUUGCUGUGCCGGAGGGUGAACGUCGUAAUUUAUCGGCACUUUACAAUCCAUUUACAAUUCGGCAGUUGCAGGCCACAUAUCCGUAUUUAAAUUGGUUGGAAUGUAUAAAUGGACUUCUUCCCGAAAGUGUUCGUAUUGAUGAAGAUGAAGUGUUGAUUGUUGAUGUACCAAACUACUAUAUGCAACUUGGUCCAAUUCUACAAGCCACACCAAAAAGAACGAUUGCCAAUUAUUUUGCUUGGCGAUCGGUGUUUUUCGGUUCUGCUUUAUUGAAUUCAGCUUUACAUCGAAGAAAAUUACAAUUUCUCGCAACAACUAUUGGACUUCGAAAACUUGAUCCGCGAUACAAUACAUGCGUAACACUAACAUCACAUUAUUUACCUAUAAGUGUCGGAGCUUUGUAUGUUCGAAGAUACUUUGAUGAAGAAUCGAAAAAAGCGGCCGUUGAGCUAGUAAACAGCAUUCGCGAGGAGUUUAUUAAGAUUUUACGUGAUGUGUCAUGGAUGGACGACGAAACAAGAGCAGCUGCCAUUGAGAAAGCGAAGUCUAUGACAAGCCAUAUCGCAUAUCCAGAUGAACUAACCAAUAAUAAUAAAUUAGAAGAAUAUUACGAUGGCUUGGAAUUAGAAUCAAAUACUUUAUUGCAAAAUGUACUUCGAAUUCGUAUAUUCAAAGAUAAUCACUUGAUAAAAGGUCUACGCACCCCGGUCAAUAAAACCGAUUGGCAAACUCACACAAUGCCAGCAACAGUUAACGCUGCAUACAAUCCAUUGGAGAACUCCAUACAACUACCGGCCGCGAUAUUACAAGAUCGCUUCUUUUCGGCUGAUCGGCCUUCGUACUUGAAUUUCGGAUCGAUUGGACAAAUUAUAGGUCAUGAAAUCACACACGGUUUCGAUGAUCAGGGACGACAAUUUGAUUUGGAUGGUAAUUUGAUCGACUGGUGGGAAGAUGAAACGGAAGCAAAAUUUGGCAGAAAGGCACAAUGCAUGGUCGAACAGUAUUCCAAUUAUGUAGACUUCGAUUCAAAUUUAAGGUUGAACGGAAUAAAUACGCAGGGUGAAAAUAUUGCUGAUAAUGGAGGAGUGAAGGAGGCGUAUGCUGCUUACCGGAACUAUGUCAAAAGAAAUGGUGCCGAGCAAUUGCUUCCUGGAUUAAAUUAUACUCAAGAGCAAUUAUUCUGGAUUUCGAGUGCUCAAACAUGGUGUGCGGUGACAAGACCAGAGUUCGACAAAAUGCUCAUAACAACGGACGUUCAUUCACCGAACGAAUUUCGAGUGAUCGGAACUAUCAGUAAUAUGCAGGAAUUUGCGCACGAUUUUUCUUGUGAAGCUGGAAAUAAAAUGAACCCUUUUAAAAAAUGCGAAGUUUGGUAAUAAUUUAUCAAUUUUAAAAAUUGUUUGAAUGAAUAAAAAAGCAAUAAAAACAAAAUGAUAAUUAAUCUA